AACACUGUUCUGUAGCUAACUGGAAAAUCGGGUCAAACACAUUAAUAGAGUCUGUGAAUAGAAAGGUGUCGCCUGGCGAGGUGAUUUCAAUUUUUCCCCACCUUUUACAUUUAAAUCUUUUUCUUAAUUAAACCAGGGAUUUGAAGUCGCUUCUAAAGUUGAGCUAUUCUCACGCGCUGUCCAAAGCGUCGGUAAAAAUGGACGUGGAGCGUAUUUCCGUCACGACGGACUCAGGCACUGAUACUCCGAGUGCCUUUCCAGUAGUUUUAAAGAAAAUCAUGGAAAUUCCGCCACCGAAUCUUCUCGAAGGCGAUGAUGAAAAUGAUAAAGAGAAACUCUUUGAGGAUGUGGACUCCGGUGGGGUCAGUGGAAUGGGGCCAUCGGCCGCCUUAACGCCUGCCAUCUGGGAAAAGACCAUUCCCUAUGAUAGCGAAACCUUCCACCUGGAAUACAUGGAUCUGGAGGAAUUUCUCAUGGAGAAUGGCAUUAAUGCCACUGAGGAUGAGGGUCAGCAAAAGAGUCUUGGAAAGGAAAACUUAGAGCUGACAACUGAAAAACCAUCCACAACCUCUACAAGCGAGUCAGCCCCAGCAAUCUCUCUCAUACCAGUCAUGGAACUGGAUCAGUGUGAGGAGGAAGUGGUCACAAUCACAACAUCCAGCUCUAGCUCAACAGACACCAAAUCAGAUGAGGACCGUGUGACGCCAGACCCCAUUGAUCCAGACGAUAUUGAGGUAGAGAUCAACUUCGAGCCGGAUCCCACAGACCUCGUGCUCUCCAGCAUACCCGGAGGUGAACUGUUUAAUCCCCGCAAACAUCGCUUCUCCGAGGAGGAGCUGAAGCCUCAACCUAUGAUCAAGAAAGCAAAGAAAGUAUUUGUGCCUGAGGAAAAGAAGGACGACAAAUAUUGGCAGCGGAGGAAGAAGAAUAAUAUUGCAGCCAAACGUUCACGAGAUGCCAGAAGGCUUAAAGAGAAUCAGAUCACAGUACGAGCGGCCUUCCUGGAGCGAGAGAACUCGGUGUUGAGGCAGGAAGUGGCAGAGUUACGCAAGGACUUUGGGCGAUGCAAGAACGUUGUGGCACGCUAUGAAGCAAAAUACGGGCCGCUUGCACCGGCUGAAGACCUCUAAACAAUUAUUGAUUUAUUUGCGUUGUCGAAAGGCAAUAAAUUAAUAAUGGUGUGGAAUGAAGAGGAGAAGACAGGUGAUAAGUGAAAUGAAUGAUUCAGACUGUAGAGCGAAGUGAUAUUCAUAUGAUUAUUAAUCCUGUCAGCCACUCUUAUCAAUACAAUAAUCUUACUUUCAGAGCAACAGCAUACCCGAUAUUUCCAAUAGAGCUUUUAAGUGCUUUUUUUGCAAUGCAUCAAGGUAGAAAAGGUUUUUCCCCUACCUUUUCCUGUUUUAUGGUUGUGUUAAGGAAUCAUGUGCGUUGGAAGUCAAUGGUCUUUAUUUACAAAGAAUGACUGGCAUUGACUUAAAUAUACUUUCUUAUCAGUAUGUUUAUCCUUGAAAAAUGACAUUAAUUCUAAGAAUUCCUUUAACAAAUUUGGUACAUUGUACCACUAAGUGGUGCAUUUUUAUCUGCAACAUUAGCUAUUAUUGAAAAAUAUCGGGAGAAUGUAUCACUUUAAAAGUAUGUAAUUCCAGGUAACUGUAAAAACUGAAAAAAACUGUAAGCAGGAAUUAUAAACUUAGGUUUUGUGCUGCAAAAAAAGUCAAUAUUUUGUCUGUCAGUAGAAUUCAUCAGAAAAUGUACUGAAAAUAUGUGCACUGUAUAUCUGCAAAAUGAAAGAAAAUUGUCUUUUAUAACUCAGUAGAUCUUCUAAAAUCAUACCUUGUUUACUUCACCGUAGGUGGUUUGCCCUUUUUGGGACUCGUGGAGGUCAGUUUAUGUACAGAAAUAACACUCUGUACAUGUGACGGAUCUUGUAUCUGUUUAGAACUCAGCAAAACAACUGAAGUGCUGAUAUAGGUGGGUUUUGUUUUUCAUAUGUAUCAUAUGAUAUAUAUUUUUUUAGAUAACUUCAAAUAUUUCACAAAAAUGGCUUUGCAGUGUGAACCCACACCAUUUAUAGCUCAGUCAACAAGGAUCCAUAAGUGUCUUCAGCUGAGUGCUUGUUUAUAAAGGGCACUAGUGUGUUACAAAUCAGAAAUCAAACUCAAACCUCUUUUAAGGGCAUCGGCCCCCUGCUCGCCACUGUCCUGCUUUUUCAGGUACAUAUUUUGUGCACUUGUCUCUGUCCUUUUGAAACAUGUAGGGUGCUUCUCAAACAGAAGGCUGCAUCCUAGUGAGGCUGUGUUCUUCCUAGUCCGGUCCUUAGAAGGCUAGAGACAGUCUACGUCACAUUUCACGUUCAAACAAUUCAUUUGUGAAUUGAUGUGCAAAGGAUUUUGGGUGACUGGAGGAUGUGAAGGAUACACUUCAAAACGAAGGCUGCCUUCAAACGAUCCUUUAAAUUGAGACGUCCUUAAACAGACCUUGAUGACAUGCAGGCUUAACUCGAAUGGAGCCUUCUGAUUGAGAAGCACCCGUAAUAUCAUCAGGGAAAAAAAGAUGAAGAUAGAGGUUUAAUUCACAAGUUUCUCAAACACAAUAUCUCGUGCUUGCCGUUAUUUUUUGUGAAGUGGAAGUUAGAUGUUUAUUACCAAGUUUCAUUUCACAAUACAUGUGACCACAUUUGUCCUUCUUUAUGUUUUGUGGAAAGGGAAUGUGAUAUGUAAUGUAAUCUUUACCAAAGCUAACUUGAAAUAUAACGCUGAAGAUAACAUUUUCUGUAGCUUGUACAAAACGACUCCACUUAAAUCAGGUGUUUAAACUCUUUUCAUAUUUGUGGUCUGUAGACAUUCUUUAAUGGUGCACUUACAGUUUGUCAUUGUCCUUGAGCUUCCUUUCUGAAUGAGUGUGAAACGUGAGACGGUGAGGAACAACAACACAAUGAAAUGGGGCUUAAUGGCUGUUCUGAAAGGAAUUGCGAGUUUCUCUCAUGAAGCAUUGUUCUGUUGAAUUAGAAGAGAAAUCGGUUGUGUAUACAGGAUGCCAACUUUGUUGCAGUAACAAAUCUUUAUUUUGUCAGAUUUGAAUGUUUUUCUAAUUGUUAUUGUUCUUUUUUUGAGGAAAGAAUUUUCUUUUGUAAGUCUUAUAAAUGUUUUCUCAGUGUCUUGGCUGUUUCAUGUUGUACAUAUUAUUAAAGAACUCAAAGAUG